AUGUCCAACACCCCUUCCAAGUCCACGCUCAAGAAGCCAACCCCGUUAUCGAAGGCGUACUCCAUGUGCCCCCUCCGUGAGGUCGCAUACAAGGAGAGUGAAAUGCGUGAAGUCUCUGAGCAGCUAGAGAAAGCUGGUUACCAGCCGCGCAGCGCUGGCGCCCUCCGCUGGAGGAUCACCCACAAGCUGCGCAAAGACCCCGCGGUCGACAACUAA